AUGCUCAAUCACAGCUCUCUCUACUAUAUUUGCCGUUGUGCGGUGCGAUCUAGGCAUUGUGAACUGGUUGUUGUGGAAUUGUCUACUAUGUGGCUUGAUCUGAGUGCCGUAGCCUUACCCAGUCCUGAGCCUCGAGUGGCCUUUUGUUUAGAGGCGACCUCUUUGUGUGGUAGAUUCGUAAUUAUGGAGGGAUCCGAAGGCAAAGAUUUCAAGGGCUUCACCGACGCCGCCUCCAGCAGCUCCAUAACUACUGAUAGCACGCUAUUUGAUGCAUCACAGUACAUGUUUUUCGGGAAAGAUAUAGCGGAUGAAGUAGAAUUAGGGGGUUUGGAAGAUGAAGAAGUUGGGGUUCCGGUGAUUGGGGCCAGAUUUGGUGGCGGAGAUGAUGAGCUGCACGAGUAUCAUUUGUUUGAAAAAGACGAGGGAUCAGGUUUAGGAUCAUUAUCUGAUAUGGAUGAUUUGGCUACUACAUUUGCAAAGUUAAACAAAGCUGUAUCUGGACCAAGGCAUCCUGGAGUUAUUGGUGAUCGAGGAUCUGGAUCUUUUUCGAGGGAAAGUUCAUCAGCUGCAGAAUGGGCACAAGAGCCAGAUUUUCCUUAUCCUGAUUGGCUUGACCAUCACAUGUCUGACUCAGAAUGUUACCAAGAAAGUAAGAGGUGGUCAUCACAACCACAUCUCUCUUCAUUGCAACUUCCAGAAUCAAAACCACUAUAUAGAACUUCUUCAUACCCCGAGCAGCCUCAGCAACUGCAACACUUUUCUAGUGAGCCUAUUUUAGUUCCCAAGUCAUCUUUCACUUCCUUCCCUCCACCAGGAUCUCAACAAGCUUCUCUGAAUAAUUCGAAUUAUCUUAAUAUUUCAUCUCUCUCUGGCGGACAUCAUUCACCAUUCUCCGUGUCAAACAACUCUGCAUUAUCUAAUUCUGCUCUGCAUUUUCCCGGAACGAGCCGUGGGUUUCAAUACAAUACAAACAUAUCGCAACUGGCCUCAACAAAUAUCACUCAUAAUCCACGCCUGCAAAACUUCUGGACUAGCCAUGCUGGUCUCCUCCACGGGAAUCAUUCUCUCCUCUUGAACAAUGUUUUUCAGCAUCAAUAUCAAAACGGGUCAUUAUCACCUCAGCUACUUUCCCCACAGCAACAUCGACUUCAUCUUCAAGCUCAACCAGCUUUAUCUAAUUUUUCACCACUGAGAUCUCAACAAUUUAACACCUUUCCUUCACCAUCACAUUUGAGUAAAUAUGAUAAGAGAGAGUCAAAACCCAAAUCAGCCAAAGGCAAACACAGCGUGCGAUUCUCCAAUCAUGGAUCUGAUUCUAGUAGUCAGUGGACUGAUAGUAGUUUACCACAAUUCAGAUCUAAGUACAUGACAACUGAAGAGAUAGAGAGUAUUAUUAAAAUACAGCAAGCCACAAACCAUGGUAAUGACCCAUACAUAAAUGAUUAUUACCACCAAGCUCGUCUUGCAAAGAAAUCGGCGGAAACGAGGUCAAAAUAUCGAUUCUGCCCAUCCCACCAGAGGGACCAAUCUUCCCGUUCCCGUAAUAGUGCAGAAUCACAGCCACAUCUCCAUGUUGAUUCUCUUGGGAGGGUUUGUUUUUCUUCUAUACGUAGACCCUGCCCUGUUCUUGAAGUCGACCCCCCUCCCUCUGCUUGUGGUGAUUGCGGUGCUGAACCAAAAAUAUCUGAAAAGCCUCUGGAGAAGGAACCCAUGUUUGCUGCUAGAGUAACAAUUGAGGAUGGUCUUUGUCUUCUUUUGGAUGUAGAUGACGUUGACCGUCUUCUACAAUUUAGUCAUCCCCAAGAUGGUGGCAAUCAGCUUAGGCGGAAGCGGCAGAUUUUAUUAGAAGGGUUAGCAGCCUCUCUUCAGCUUGUUGACCCACUUGGAAAAAGUGGCAAAUCUGCUGGGCUGGCUGCCAAGGAUGAUAUUGUGUUUCUACGCAUAGUCUCUCAUUCCAAAGGUCGGAAGCUGAUUUCAAGGUUCCUUCAGCUCAUUUUACCUGGUAGUGAGCUUGUCCGAAUAGUCUGCAUGGCCAUCUUUCGUCAUUUAAGAUUUUUGUUUGGGGGCCAUCCUUCUGAUCAAAGUGCAGCUGAGACUAUUAAUAAUCUUGCCAAGACAGUCUCUACUUGUGUCACUGGUAUGGAUCUUAAUUCACUUAGUGCUUGUCUUGCUGCGUUAGUUUGUUCAUCAGAACAGCCACCUCUCCGACCACUUGGGAGCCCUGCUGGAGAUGGUGCUUCAGUCGUCGUGAAAUCUGUUUUAGAACGAGCAACUCACUUGUUAAGAGAUCCUAAAGCUGCCAGCAAUUUUAGUAUGCCCAAUCUUGGCCUUUGGCAGGCUUCUUUUGAUGCCUUCUUUGGUCUGCUGACAAAGUAUUGUGCAAGUAAAUAUGACAGUAUAAUGCAAUCAAUAUUUACUCAAGGCCAGGCAAACACAGAGGUAAUUGGUUCAGAGGCUGCAAGAGCUGUUAGCAAGGAAAUGCCAGUGGAACUUCUUCGUGCUAGUCUUCCCCACACUGAUGAGUGUCAGAGGAAGUUAUUGAAUUUUGCUCAGCAGUCGAUGCCUGUUACUGGAUUUAAUGCUCAUGGUGGAAGCAGUGGCCAAAUAAAUCCUGAAUCAGUGCGGGCUCUUGAAGGGACAUGGAGACCUACACUCGCUCAUCUGGAGAGCUAUGUUUUUUAUGCUCUUGUUCUUCUUUAUUUCCAUCUCUCUCUCCAGUUCAGAUUGGAUCAUAUCUAUUACAAGCUUGAAGAUUCUUCAACACUUUUGCUGCUUAAUCGAUUUCGAGGGAUGGAUUUUAUGGAGACGAAUCGAAGGAGCAACACUAGGAAAAUUUUCUUAGCUGCCGGAAUCACUGCACUUCUUAUUUUUCUUUUCAAGCGAUCACCUGGUACUGGUGCCUCUACCAAGUUUUCUCAACACGAAUCUGGUGUAACGCACGUCUUAGUAACUGGAGGUGCAGGCUAUAUAGGUUCUCAUGCAGUCCUUCGGCUUCUCAAGGAUUCAUAUCGUGUAACCAUUGUGGACAACCUUUCCAGAGGGAAUAUGGGAGCUGUUAAAGUCCUCCAAAAACUUUAUCCCGAGCCUGGGAGACUUCAAUUUAUAUAUGCUGAUCUUGGAGAUGCAGCAUCAGUAAAUAAAUUUUUUAAAGAGAACGCGUUUGAUGCUGUCAUGCAUUUCGCAGCUGUUGCUUAUGUUGGUGAAAGUACAGCUGAGCCUCUAAGGUACUAUCAUAAUAUUACUUCAAAUACCUUGUUAAUAGUGAAGGCAAUGGCUACACAUGGUGUAAAGACAUUGAUCUAUUCGAGCACUUGUGCUACAUAUGGAGAACCAGAAAAGAUGCCUAUCACAGAAGUUACUCCUCAAGCCCCUAUCAAUCCAUAUGGAAAAGCCAAGAAAAUGGCGGAAGACAUUAUAUUGGACUUCUCAAAGACUUCCGACAUGGCUGUCAUGAUCUUAAGGUACUUCAAUGUAAUUGGCUCCGACCCUGAAGGAAGAUUGGGAGAAGCUCCACGACCAGAAUUGCGUGAACAGGGACGUAUUUCAGGUGCUUGUUUCGAUGCAGCCAGAGGAAUAAUUUCGGGAUUAAAGAUAAAAGGGACAGAUUAUAGCACACCAGAUGGAACUUGUGUAAGAGACUACAUUGAUGUCACUGAUUUGAUUGAUGCACAUGUUAAAGCAUUAGCCCAUGCAAAACCAGGCAAAGUUGGCAUUUACAAUGUUGGAACUGGAAAAGGUAGUUCAGUAAAACAAUUUGUGGAAGCAUGUAAGAAAGCUACUGGUGUGAACAUAAAGGUGGACUACCUAAGUCGUCGGCCAGGGGAUUAUGCCGAAGUGUAUAGCGAUCCUUCGAAGAUCAAGAAUGAGCUAAACUGGUCGGCUAAAUACACAAAUCUUGAAGAAAGCUUGGCAAUCGCUUGGAGAUGGCAAAAGACACACAGAAAUGGUUACAGCAAUUGA